UUCUUAAACUCAAAUUUUCUAAGCCAUUAAAUGGAAAGACUAGGAAUUUAGUGUGGCGACGAAGAAUCACACUGGAAAAUGUUAAAAACAACAUUUUGUAGACGGAAGCGACAAUGCUCUGCUCAGAACUGGAUAACAGAAUGUCUGCCACUAAUGGCUUUUAUAAAAGCCAUUAAGGAAAUUAAAAUCUGCUCAAGAAAAAACAAUUCAGGAAGAGUCUGUUCUCAGAAAGAACUUGUAAUACGGAAGAGGAAAGGACAUACAGAUGAGGGCAACAUUAACUGUAUUUCUGAGGUCCUUCAGUAUGCUGAGACACGGACCCAUCAUGUCCGACAAGCCAAAUUUUGCAGAAAUUGAAACAUUUGACAAGACUAAACUGAAGAAGACAGAAACUAGAGAGAAAAAUCCACUGCCCACUAAAGAAACUAUCGAACAGGAAAAGCAAAGCGAAAGCACCUCCUGCGCGUAACACUGAAGAUGUGACAGACAUCUGUGGGGUUUGGCUUCCUUUCUUCCCCCCCAGUUUACUGUUGAUCGCCUGUUAAUUUAAUAUCCAUUUAUUUUUCAUUGUCUGGGGAAGCAGAGUUGUUUUGUUUUUCAAAUGAAACAUUGUGAAACCGAAGAACUCGUUGCAUUUGUUGUCCUGAGACUGUGCCCUGAAGCCCUGUGUGAACCCCACCACUUGCCAAAAAUGUGCUUUGUCUAAGAGAAACAAUACCGGUUUUCAUAACUAUGUUGGCUUCUAAACCUCACAAUAAACAGGUUUCUUUUGA